UCAAAUCUUCUUUCUCAACUCCUCCUCUCUGUGUUUCUCCGGCGAAACUCUUAACGGUCAUUUCUUGGAGAACAGUCCAGACUGAGGGUGAGAGCAAAGAUUCCAGACUUCUUCCGUUCAGAUUCUUCUGAAAUUGGUCGUGAUUGAGGUUUAUUUGUUUCGGUAAGUGCAUGAUUCUUGAUUUGGAUUCAUGUUGGGGUGAUCUGCGGUGUAAAUUUAGGGUUUCAGGGUGCGAUUUGAACGGGAAUAAUGGUUGCUGCUGUAUCAAUGGCGUUGAAUACUAAUACCGUGGCUCAGACUCCGAGAGUGCCUCACUCUCAAAACCUUACGAGGCCGCCUCUUUUACCUUCUGACCCCGACAAUGGCGCAGCGGCUCGACGGCCCAAAUCCCGGGAAGUUACUUCUCGGUACUUGUCGUCUUCCACUCCCUCUUCUUCUUCUACAUCGGUGCUGAGACGAUACCCGUCCCCUUCGGUUUCCGGAACGUCUACUUCGACGUCUGUUCUGACUCCGAUGCCGUCGUCGUUUAGGCGGUCGGAAUCGGUGGAGAGACCUCAGCGAGGGACUCCUCAUCCUAAUUCGUUGGAUCUCAGAUUUGGUCAUGCUAAUGGAAGGGGUGAGAUGUCAGCUGCUCAGAAACUGUUGUUCAAUUCGACACGGAGCCUAUCGGUUUCUUUCCAGGGCGAAUCGUUCCCUUUGCAGGUUAGUAGACCAAAGCCUGCGCCGACUCCUGGUAUUCGGAAGGGUACGCCGGAGCCGAGAAAAAUAGCCACACCAACAAGAGGUGCUGGUGGCGGCGACCAGACUGAGAAUAUGAAGCCAGUAGAUCAGCAGCGGUGGCACAGUGGUCACCGGCAGGCGAAUUGUAUGAGCAGGAGUUUGGAUUGUGUGGAUGAACGGAAGAAGGUCGCUGGUGGGUCUGGGAAUGUAGUGAGAGCGCUGCAGAGUUCGUUUGUCGAUGACAGGACUUCAUUUGAUGGAAGACUAAGUUCUGAUUCUGCAAAUAUAGAAUCGGAGAAGGCGGUAGAGCCUCUUACUGCAGGAACUUCGGCUGAUAGUUUAGACGUUUUGUCCGACCCUCUUGCUUCUGAUUCUGAGAGUGUUACACUGGAGGGUGGUGCCGGAAAAGCACAGCGUGGCCCUCGAGUCAUGGUGGUUCCGGCGAGAGUUUGGCAAGAGACCAACAAUCGGUUGCGACGGCAGCCAGAGACGGGGUGUCCAAUAUCUAAGAACAUUGGAGCAAAAACUUCAGUUCCUUCGAAGGUAAACAUUCCCAAGAAGCAUUCAAUGGAUAGUCCAGCAUCAUCUCCUCGCCAGGUUGCUAAUAACAUGGAGCCGCCGUCAUCUCCUCUGUCCCCAAGUAAACUUUUAGUGUCCUCCAUAUCAUCAUCACCUUCAAAAGGAAGCCCAUCUCGUGUGAGAUGCUCAGUGACAAAUGGGUUCAGUAAUAACUGGAGUAGCACGCCAUCGACUUUGAAUUUUGCUAAUGAUACUCGAAGAGGGAAAAUGGGGGAUACCCGUAUGGCUGAUGCACAUUCAUUGAAGACGUUGUAUAACAGGCUUUUACAGUGGCGUUUUGUGAAUGCUAGAGCAGAGGCCACCUCUUCGAUACAGAGUUUGAAUGCAGAGAGAAACCUCCACAGUGCUUGGAAUAGUAUUUCAAAACUGCGUGAAUCUGUUGCAGCUAAAAGACAUGAGAUGCAAUUACUACAGCACAAACUGAAGUUGGCUUCUAUCCUCAACUCUCNUUCGGUAGAAUUUUAA